AUGACCACCCUCACUAGAAACCCAAUCACAGGACGCAAGCCCAUGAAAUCCACCUCCAUUGCUCUCAUGAGCAUCGUCGGUGUCAUCGGGGGAACUUGGGCAAUGUUCCGACUGAUGGCGAAGAGAGGCACUGUGGUGACUACAGGCGAAGACAAGGAAACAUUCCGAGGUGGCAGCGCUCAAAACGAUGUGGGGAACAAGACUGCUCGACCUCCACGUUCAUACCCAGCUCCGCGGGGUGGUUCCGUCUAA